UAUUAUCAGAGAAAUAAAAAAUAAAUUAGCUGUUUAUUUUUUUUUCCUUCAUUUUCUACAGGUCUCUGUUAAUGAGUGACAGGGGCUUCAAUUAUACACACGCAUACACUAGUUAUAAGUCAGAUUAAUGGAAAAAAAAAAUCUGUUACUCUCAAGUUUAAAAAUCCCGCGUGAUUCGUUAUUACAUUCCAAGAUUGUUAUAAAACAAAAAAUCCAUCAUUGACCUUUCCUAGAUACAUUCCGAUUUUUUUUUUUUUUGACUGAGUUUUUGGAAAAGCCUUGUUGUUCAUCCAGAAGAGUAUUGAGAGAAUGUGUCGAGUUAAUAAGAAGAAUCAAAACCCUAGUUAUUGUAGGGUGAAAGAAUUAAACAUCAAUUUUUUUCAUUGUCAAUUUCAUCAACAGAGAAAAAAACAACAACCCAGAGUAAUUUCUUCUUCUUUUCCUUCUGGGUUUUCUUGUUUAUAUCAAGAUUGUUAAUUCUUGGGAAUUUCAAGAGUUUUGUAUAUGAAUAGUAAUUUUGGCGGAGAUUUUUUUUUUUCAGUUUAUACAGAGGAAUUGAAUUGAUUUAAGAAAAUAAAAUAAAAGAAAGGUUGGAACUUUUGAUACGUAGUGGUUUGUCUUAAUCUGUUUGUUCUUAUUACUUCAAAUUGAGAAGUUGUUUUGAUUAGGGUUUUCUUUAAUCGGGGGAAAACCUUAUCUCUGGGUUGUCUCCCUUCUGUCAUUUUUUUUGAUCUUUUCAGGGAUUUGGAUGAAUUUUAUAAUGGGUUUCAAUUCUUGAAAGGAAAUUUAUUUGAUUUCAGUAGUGUUAGUGUUUUGAAGAGAGAAAUGAGUCAUGGUGGUAGAAGGAAGAAGCUGCAUUUCAGACCAUUUCUAGCAUGUCGAAGACCAUUAGUGAAGAACGAUGAUCAAUCACAAGUUGGUGGACCGGGGUUUUCAAGAGUUGUCUACUGUAAUGAUCCAGAUAAUCCAGAAGCUUUAAUUCUUAAUUAUGGGAAUAAUUACGUUAGAACUACAAAAUAUGAUGUUGCAACUUUUUUUCCGAAGUUUUUGUUUGAGCAAUUUACUAGACUUGUCAAUGUAUACUUCUUGAUUAUUGGCAUUAUGGCCUUCACACCUCUUGCUGCUUACUCCGCUGGUAGCGCAAUUCUACCGCUUAUUGUCAUGAUUGGUGCAACCAUGCUUAAAGAAGCUGCCGAAGAUUGGAGGAGGAGAGAACAGGAUAUUGAGGUGAAUAGUCGUAAGGUAAAAGUGUUCGGUGGUGAAGAUGGUGUUUUUUAUGAUACCGAAUGGAAGAAUCUGAGAGUUGGAGAUAUAGUAAAAGUGGAGAAAGAUAACUUCUUUCCAGCUGAUCUUCUCUUACUUUCUUCAAGUUAUGACGAAGCAAUCUGCUAUGUUGAGACCAUGAACCUUGAUGGAGAGACUAAUUUAAAACUGAAGCAAGCAUUGGAAAUAACCUCAGGCUUACUGGAGGAUCCUAGCUUCCGAAAUUUCAAAGCCUGCAUUAAAUGUGAAGACCCAAAUGCAAACUUGUACUCUUUUGUUGGCACUAUGGAUCUUGAAGAGCGACCUUACUCUCUUACUCCUCAACAGCUUCUGCUUAGGGAUUCUAAACUUCGUAAUACGGACUACAUCUAUGGUGCUGUUAUCUUUACUGGGCAUGAUACAAAAGUAAUUCAAAAUUCGAUGGACCCGCCAUCAAAGAGAAGCAGAGUGGAGAAGAAAAUGGAUCUCAUAAUCUACUUGAUGUUUUUCGCUCUGUUUGUGAUAUCACUAGUCGGGUCAAUUCUUUUUGGUAUAGAAACUGGGAAGGACUUAGAAAGUGGCAGGAUCAGAAGAUGGUAUCUCAAACCGGACAACUCUGCAGUUUACUUUGAUCCCAAAAGAUCAGCCGUUGCAGCAAUAUUGCAUUUUCUUACAGCAAUUAUGUUGUACAGCUACCUAAUCCCUAUCUCCUUGUAUGUAACCAUAGAACUCGUCAAAAUUCUGCAGAGUCAAUUUAUUAACCAAGAUCAGCAAAUGUACUAUGAAGAAACUGACAAGCCUGCGCGUGCUCGUACUUCAAAUUUAAACGAGGAACUUGGCCAAGUUAACACUAUACUCUCCGAUAAGACGGGAACACUUACAUGCAACUCUAUGGAAUUUUUGAAGUUCUCAGUGGGUGGGAUACCAUAUGGACGUGGAGUUACCGAGGUUGAAAGGGUUAUGGCUAGGAAAAAUGGGCCAGUGCAGGCUCAGGAAGCUGUAAAUGGUGGGAAUCAUAUUCCAAAUCACGAAGAUGCUAGACCAUUGAUUAAAGGAUUUAAUUUCCAGGACAACAGAAUUAUGAAUGGGAAUUGGGUCAAUGAACCUAACUCGGCUAUCAUUCAGAAAUUUCUUCGCUUAUUGGCUAUCUGUCAUACAGCAAUACCUGAUGUAAAUGAAGAGUCAGGAAAGAUAUCAUAUGAAGCUGAGUCACCAGACGAGGCCUCAUUUGUUAUUGCAGCAAGAGAAUUUGGUUUCGAAUUUUACAGGAGAAGUCAAACAAGCAUCUUGUUGCAUGAAUUAGAUCCUAUCUCUGGCACUAAAAUUGACAGGUCCUACGAGCUUCUAAAUAUAUUAGAGUUUAAUAGCUCGAGAAAGAGAAUGUCUGUCAUCGUACGAAACGAGGAAGGAAAGCCACUACUUCUUUGUAAAGGUGCUGACAGUGUCAUGUUUGAAAGACUUUCAAAAGAUGGGACAGAAUUUGAAGAGCAGACUAAGCAUCAAAUCAAUGUGUACGCUGAUGCAGGUUUAAGAACCUUGGUACUUGCAUAUCGUGAAUUGCAUGAGCAAGAAUACCAGGAGUUCAAUAAAGAAUUUACCAAUGCCAAGAAUUCAGUGAGUACUGAACGUGAUUCAAUGAUCGAAGAAGCAACAGAGAAAGUGGAGAAAGAUUUAAUUCUUCUUGGUGCCACUGCUGUUGAAGAUAAACUCCAGUCUGGGGUACCAGAAUGCAUAGACAAACUCGCACAGGCUGGAAUAAAGAUAUGGGUUUUGACUGGGGAUAAGAUGGAGACUGCCAUCAAUAUUGGGUAUGCAUGCAGUUUGCUUAGGCAAGGAAUGAAACAAAUUAUUAUCACCUUGGAGUCACCUGAUGUUAUGGCAGCUGAGAAAACGGAGGACAAAAUUGCAAUUGCAAAUGUAUCAAGGGCAAGCAUACUUUAUCAAAUAGAUGAAGGGAAGGCACAGUUAACUUCUUCAGCCGGAAGCUCAGAUGCAUUUGCGUUGAUCAUUGAUGGGAAGUCACUCGCGUAUGCCCUUGAAGACAAUUUGAAGCACAAGUUUCUAUUCCUUGCAGUUGGCUGUGCAUCCGUUAUUUGUUGCCGCUCAUCACCUAAACAGAAAGCACUUGUAACACGUCUGGUUAAAGCUGGAACAGGUAAAACAACAUUAGCAAUUGGAGACGGGGCCAACGAUGUGGGUAUGCUUCAAGAAGCAGAUAUUGGGGUCGGAAUUAGCGGAGUUGAAGGAAUGCAGGCAGUCAUGUCAAGUGAUGUUGCAAUUGCUCAGUUCCGAUUUUUGGAGCGUCUGCUACUUGUACAUGGUCAUUGGUGUUACAGAAGAAUAUCAGCAAUGGUAUGCUACUUCUUUUACAAGAAUGUUACAUUCGGUGUCACUCUGUUGUUCUACGAGGUGUAUGCAUCAUUCUCUGCCACACCUGCCUAUAACGACUGGUUUAUGUCAUUCUAUAAUGUUUUCUUCACAUCAUUACCUGCUCUUGCUCUUGGCAUAUUUGACCAAGACGUUUCCGCAAGGUUAUGCCUCAAGUUCCCCCUACUGUACCAAGAAGGUGUGCAGAAUGUCCUGUUCAGCUGGUUCAGGAUACUCGGUUGGAUGUGCAACGGUAUCUGUAGUGCUACAAUAAUCUUUUUCUUCUGCUCAACUGCAUUAGAGCACCAGGCUUUCCGAAAGAGUGGCGAGACAGUUGGGUCUGAUAUUCUUGGACUAACCUUAUACACUUGUGUCGUUUGGGUUGUAAACUGUCAGAUGGCGCUCUCAAUCAGUUAUUUCACACUUCUACAACAUAUAGUUAUCUGGGGUAGUAUGGUAGUGUGGUAUCUAUUCUUGUUGGUGUAUGGCGCCCUUCCUAUAAGAUGGUCGACAACCGCCUACCAAGUUUUUGUUGAGGCUUGUGCACCUGCUGUUUCUUACUGGCUUAUCACUCUUUUUGUUGUACCGGCAACACUCAUUCCAUACUUUGCUUUCUCAGCUAUGAGAAUGCGGUUUUUCCCUAGAUAUCAUCAGAUGAUUCAGUGGAUAAGAGCAGAAGGGAAAGCAGAUGAUCCCGAAUAUUGCCAAAUGAUUAGGCAAAGAUCCAUCCGUCCACAUACUGUAGGUCUCACAGCACGCGCAGAAUCAGUUAAAAGAUAGUCUUCGGAAUUAUUUUAAAGAGCAUUCUUGUCACUGGAGGUAAUCGAUCAGUCAAUAUAGUGUUUGAUUUUUAUCUUAUAACACCAACAGUUUCAGAAAGGAAUUGCUCAUUCCAUGUCUUAAAAUAGUGUUUAUUGGCGAACACUGAAGGAGAAAUGCCCCCAACUUUUGUAAAUUUUGAUUCUUUGUUGGUCGGAGGGCAUAGAUUUUUUUUCCAUUUGUAGUUUUUCUUUUUGGUAGUAUUAUUCUCAAUGUACAUUUUUGUAUUAUAACUAAAAUGUAAUACAGUAGUGUUUCACUCAGAGAUUGAUAGUAAAAACGAAAACAUGUAGAAGUUACAGGCUUACAGC